UGUUCAGUUCUCACUGAGGACAGACACACAGACAGACAGACAGACGCUGCACUCAGAGACAAAAUGGCUUCCAGAUUAGAGGAGGGUCUCUGCUGUCCGGUCUGUCAUGAGGUCUUUAGAGAUCCUGUUGUUCUGUCAUGCAGCCACAGCUUCUGUAAAGACUGUCUGAAGAGCUGGUGGAAGGAAAAAAUAACACGUGAGUGUCCAGUUUGUAAAAGAAGAUCUUCGAAGGAUCAGCCACCUUUAAGCCUGACUUUAAAGAACCUGUGUGAGAGUUUCUUACAGGAGAGAGAUCAGAGAUCUUCAGAGGCUCUCUGCAGUCUGCACUCUGAGAAACUCAAACUCUUCUGUCUGGACCAUCAGCAGCCAGUGUGUGUUGUCUGCAGAGAUUCAAAACAACACAUCAACCACAGAUUCAAACCCAUUGAUGAAGCUGCACUGGAUCACAAAGAGGAGCUCCAGAAAUCUCUGGAGCCCUUAAAGGAGAAGUUAAAGGUUUCUGAAGGAGUUAAAGUGAAGUUUGAUCAAACAGCAGAACACAUGAAGGUCCAGGCCCGACACACAGAGAGGCAGAUUAAGGAGCAGUUUAAGAAGCUUCGCCAGUUUCUAGAAGAGGAAGAGGAGGCCAGGCUGGCUGCACUGAGGGAGGAAGAGGAGCAGAAGAGUCAGAUGAUGAAGGAGAAGAUGGAGGCUCUGAGCAGAGAGAUAGCAGCUCUUUCAGACACAGUCAGAGCCACAGAGGAGGAGCUGAGAGCUGAAGACGUCUCAUUCCUGAACAACUACAAGGCUGCAGUGAAAAGAGUCCAGCAUCAUCCCCUGCCGGAGGAUCCACAGCUGCCCUCAGGAGCUCUGAUAGACGAGGCCAAACACCUGGGCAACCUGACCUUCAACAUCUGGAACAAGAUGAAGGACAUGGUCUCCUACACUCCUGUGAUUCUGGAUCCAAACACUGCUCAUCCAGAUCUCAUCCUGUCUGAAGAUCUGACCACUGUGAGACGAGGAGAGAAACAGCAGCUUCCUGAAAAUCCAGAUAGGUUUGGUUUGUUCUGCUCUGUUCUGGGCUCUGAGGGCUUUAACUCAGGGACUCACAGCUGGGAUGUGGAGGUUGGAGACAGUAGAGUCUGGGGACUGGGUUUGUGUGCAGAGUCUGUCCAGAGGAAGGGAAACAUACGGUCUGGAUUAUGGAGAAUAGGGUUGUAUAAAGGUAAAUACUAUGCAGAGUCACCAUCAGCUCCAUCCACUGGUCUCGUAGUUCAGAAGAAGUUCCAGAGGAUCAGAGUGAAUCUGGACUGGAACAGAGGAAAGCUGUCGUUCUUUGAUCCUGAUACUAACACACACAUACACACCUUCACACACACUUCCACUAAGAGGAUGUUUCCAUACGUUGACUCUUGGGAUAAAGUGAAGAUAUUACCAGUGAAGGUCAGUGUGACAGUGGAACAGAGCAGUUAGAGAUAAAGAGGAUGAUUAUAUUCAUCAUGUUUUAAACGGAAAAGUUUGAAUUGAAAAAUGAGCUUUUUUUAAAUGAGUGUAUUUGUGAGGGACGAGUACAGAGACACUGACAGCAGCAGAAACAGUGUCCAAUGUCCCACAGAAUAUUCUGGGGAACCCGGUCAUAUGCCUUCUCUAAAUCUACAAAGCACAUGUAGAUCGAAUGGGCAUAUUCCCAGGUCCCUUCCAAGACACCUGCGAGAGUGAAGAGUUGGUCUGUUGUUCCACGACCAGGACGGAACCUGCACUGUUCCUCUUCAAUAAGAGGUUCAACCUGACCCUCCUUUCCAGCACCUUAGAGUGAACUUUCCCAGGGAGGCCGAGUAGUGUGAUGCCUCUGUAGUUUGCACACACCCUGUUGACAGCCCCUCAACACCCAGGGCCUUUAGCAUUUCUGGGCGAAUUUCAUCAAUCCCCGGGGCUUUGCCACUGUUUGGCUACCUCAGUAACCCCCCGUGGGGGGAAACUGGUGUAGAUCCCCCAUCACACUCCAGCCCUGCCUCUAUCACAGAGGCCAGGGUUGUUGGACUAGUCGGGUUCAGGAGUUCCCCAAAGUGUUUCUUCAACCACACAAUUACCUCAUCAGUUGAGGUCAGCAGCGUCCCAUCCCCGCUGUACACAGCUUGAAUGGUUGCCCGCUUCCCCCUCUUGAGGUGUCAGACGUUUUCCAGGAGUGCCUAGGUGCCAUCUGAAAGUCCUUCUCAAUGGCUUCUCCAAACUCCUCCCACACCCGCUGUUUUGCUUCCCUCACAGCUGAAGCUGCAGUCCUUCAGGCCUGUCGGUACCCUGCAGCUACCUCCAGAGGUCCCCCAGAUAACAUAUCCCGGAAGGCCUCCUUCUUCAGUUGGAUGGCUGGUGGUUGUCCACCACCGUGUUCAAGGGUUACCGGCCUUUGAGGCACCCAAGACCUUAAGACCACAGCUUAUAGCUGCAGCUUCAGCAAUAAAAGCUUUCAACACCAACCACUCUGGUUCGAUGUCCCCAGCCUCCACAGGGAUGGCGGAGAAGCUCCGCCGGAGGUGGGAGUUGAAGGUCUCUCGGACAGGGGCCUCCUCCAGACGUUCCCAGUUCGCCCGUACUACAUGUUUGGGCUUACCAGGUCUGUCCUUUGGCUUCCCCCGCCACCUAACCCAACUCACCACCAGAUGGUGAUCAGUUAUCUAUGUAAGAACAUGGUGUUCGUUAUGGACAACCCAUGACUAGCACAGAAGUCCAGCACAGAACACUGCUCGGAGAUGAUCAGAUCGGGGAGGCCUUUCCUCCCGAUCAGGCCCCUCCAAGUGUCGGCAGUACUCAAACUUUGAGAAGCUCCAGAAGGACCAGUGGGGGGAGUUGGCGAGUCAGCCAGGAGGAGCUUCUCUCCAGCCAGCCAGUCUGCCCACGCAGACGUCUGUUUGAAUGUAGUCAAGUGUGAAAGGUCAGCACAGUAUUAUAGAGCAUGUAGAAGGCCAUACAAACACAGCCUAAGACUACAUUCAGACUGCAAUUAUACAAAUACUUCAAAAUUGAUACACACACGCUGACGUGUGUAGCAUCCGUAUUUACGUCCGAAAACACAGCGUGCUGUGUGUCAUCACGUCUUCGUCAUACAUCAUGAUUUUAAAGCCAUGAAAAUUACUUCAAGAAAACAUAUUUAAUAAGCUCAUAACUGUUAUUCUACAUAACACACAUUUGGCUGGACAGUCAAAAAACUUUAAAAGCGUUUUUUUUUUCAGUUUCACUGUUAGCAUAGUUACCGCGGUUAGCCUCUGGAGGGCAGUAUUGGUCUCCUACAUGCACAGUUUCAGAGUACAGAACACAAUGUGUAUCGUCCCAGAAAGGUUGUGUUUCAAUGCAAACGCUGUGUGUGGUUUGGUUCCAACACGGUUGUUUACUUCUCAUUUGUUUGCUCAUCUCUUUUUUCUUCACUCACUUCUUUUUCGCAUUUAGCCUCAGUAUAUAAGUAUAUAAUGUUAAUAAUGAGAGCAGCCCAUCAGGGUUGUGUAAAUGUAAGUUCUGAGGUGUUUUAAUGCCAUGAAAUAAGAAUAUCAUAUUACUCUAUAGCUAUUAGCUACUGCCAGCAAGGCAAAUAAUUAUAUUGUGACAUUGCCAUUCGUUACGUUUUAUUCACGUACUUAACAUACGCGCUGGACCUGAAGAGUAAUCAGAGAGUUGUCUUCUGUUGAUUUUAGACGUCAAACAUGAAUCCGCUGUCUUUGCUGAUGAGAUCAAACAUGUCCUCCGGCAGCUGUAGAAACUGUUUGAUCUUCAAUAUUUGUCCUCUGGAUCAAUAUUGUCUUCAGUUCACACGAUGUGAGAACAAGAUGUUUCAUUUUCACCACAAAUUCAUCAACAUUAAGUGACAAAGUUAACAACGAUCUGCGGACAUUAUUAUUAUUAUACUGUGGAAUAUGUUUACAUUUACUUUGUAUAUAGGCUUUUAUUAUAUUUCUAUUUCCAUUUUUAUUUUUAUCUUUACUUUUACUAUAUGUAAAUACCUAUACAUACAUUUCUAUUCUAUAUGUUGUGUUAGAUAUUGUAAUAUAAGUAUUAUUUCUAUUCUUUAUCAUGUGUGAGUAGGACAACUGUAACAAACAAAUGUCCCCCUGGGGAUCAAUAAAGUAUUUCUGAUUCUGAUUCUGAUUAUUCAGGUCAAUAAGCUACAUUCAGCUGUUCUUUUAAAAAACAUUGUCAUUGUCUUAAUAAAAAAAUCUAAAGCUCCUA